CCCCAGGGCUUUUAACGCAAGCACAACAAAGUACAGCAGCAACUACAAAAAUGAUGACGAAGACAAGUCUCCUGGCGUAGCCGAAGAUGAGCAGGAAGACGCUCCAAUGCCGGAAGAACGCCCAUCGCGGCGACUACUGAUCGGGCCAAGGCUAUCAUCGAAAAAUACGGCUGUUGAAGAUCAUGAUCUCAGUGGACGAGGUAGUUGUGUGCCAGCGGCUGAAGAUGUAUUAAAACUACGAGUAGAAGACGAGCAAGAGGAGCAACAUGCACAUCACGUCGUUGAUGCUGAAGAAUCUUCACAGCAUCUUCAACCUGGUCUUCAACCUGGGAGCAAAAUGAUAGUUAAGGCUUCCCCUAAUCCAUCUCCUCUAUAAAUACAUAGGGAUGCCUCAAACAUAUGCGCCCCAAUACACUAUAGGGAUGCCUCAAACAUAUGCGCCCCAAUACAAGGGUGCGUGGCACUGCAAUACAAGGGAGAUGGAGAUACUGACGCAUAUGCUUGAGGGAUUUCCACAGGGAUGAAUAGAAGGGGAGAGCUCCUCUAAGAUAGGCCAACAGGCGAGUAGACAGUGGAUUGUGCCAUCUUAUUCGCCAUUGCAGUUACAGAAUGUAAACCUGAGUCAAAUGUUGCAGAUGAACGAACAACAACAACUAGGAAAAGGAGCAGGAAUCACGUGGGAUAAUAUGCCUGCUUUUAGCAAGAACUUUUCUCAGCAUCAGCCUGUGCCACCCGCUCAGAACCACGCGCCGUUUCAAUUACAACAACAGGCAAAUACGAUGCCGAUGAAGAAAUUUCAACAACCACAAGGACAAGCAAAACCACAGCAACAACAGUUCCAGUUGCAGCCACAACCUCCGACCAAAAGUGUCGAUUUGCCGCUGACCUCACGAGGAUUGAUGAGACUGGCCAACGCGAGUGCGUCUCCACCACCAGUUGCCUCUGCUCUUACAACUGGAUUGAAACUAGCGCCAAUGGUUGCGCCAUCCGUUAAUCCUAAUCCUUCUCCGCCUCGUUUGCGUAUGUCUCCACCGCCACGGGUCAAUAACAAUGCUACUGCUUCUUCUUCUUUCGAUCAAAACAACAUCAACAACAACAAUGCCACUACUGCAGCUAGUAUGUUCUGUUCCCCACCGCCCGAACACGCUGGUGAUGACGUUUUAAGCGAUAUCAUAAGCGGCCGUAACGUGAUCCGACGAACCCCAAGUCCUAGAAAGUCCACUCGGAGCCGACCAGCACUCUGUGGUGGCGGUAUGCAUCCAGCAAGGAUUGCGGCGACCCAAAUCCGACCUCCACUCGUGAAAAACAAUCACAGUACUACGAACUCUAGUAGCUCUACUACGGCAAAGUGUGAUCCACCGUUGUUUGAUAGGAAACAACUAUCAGAGUUGGGAAAUCAUGACGCUGCUGAACAAGUGGUGCAUCCAGAUGAAGAUCCCGAUGUUGAAUAUGAAGUAGAUCAGGAUCAAGGAGUAGAACAACAACAGGAGAUCGAGAUGAAUCAACAGAAGCAGAAGUUGUCGAUGAAACAAGUUCAACCCGUUGUGGACGAAGAAGAGGAGAACUCCAACUCUUGUGGAGAUGAACAGAGGUUCAGCCCUGAAGAAGGAGAUGAAGAUUUAGUAAACGAGCACCAAGGUCGGGGACGAAACUUUCACUCCUCUGCCUCUAGAACGCAGCUGGAAAUGGUGAACGAGGAAGAACAAGAGUUCUACCAAGAACAAGACCCUAAUCAACUUGGACAAGAAGAAGAAGGUCAAGAUCAGGAUCAUGAUCAUGAUCAACAUGAUCAUGAUCAUGUUUUGGCUAAAAAAUGUGAUGAGGAAGUUGGAGAGGACAACCAUGUUGGAGAUGCAGAAGUAGAGGAAGCGAAACUAGAUCCUCAAGAAGGCGAUGAGCAUUGGAGUCCUAAGACUCGGUGGAAGAAGGGAAAGAAAAUUUUACGCCAAAAAACCCUACAGACUCCAGGUUGGUUGCAGCAGAUGAUCGGUGGUGGUGGGGGAGCACCUGGCGGUGAGACGGAAACUAGCAGUGCUGUAGGUGCUAAUCCCAAUUUGUCCAUGAUGUCAGCGCGUGGUACGGGUGGAGGCGUUAUCGCUGGACCGCAAGCCUCAACGUUUGCUUUUGCUCCGUCUAAUGCUGCGAGUAUGUCUUCUUUGAGCGGUGUUAGUGGAGUCUUCAAGAUGCCACCGCAGCUGCAACAACAAGCUGCACAAAAGAUUGAGGCACUACAACAGGCUCAAGCACCUCCACUUCCACCUCCUCCGACUGCGACUUCUUCGUCCAGCAGCAAGAGUUUUGAACAACGACUGCUACCUGCUUUCCUCGAUCUUCUAGUCGCUCAACAUGAAAAAGUGAAUGGAGGUCUUGCACAUCCUCCGGGUCCGCCAGCUGGAGGAGCUUCAAGUAACUCGAUAAUGAGCAGCACUGCGAGUUUCGUUAGCACGCCUUCUCCGCAGAAAAGUGGAACUUUGAAGGAGGAAAAACACCUUUUCCGACAGUUACGCAAAGUUAGUUUAGCGUUGGAGAAAAUGCCUCCGUUGUCAGAACUCGAGAACCAGUUACCAAAAAUUGGUCUAGAAAAGCCGUUAGCAGAGAUGUUGCGCGCAGGUUUGCCGGAAUUUCAGGGCUUGGACUUCUCUCAACUCAAACGAUCGUUGCCAAAACUGAAGAGUUUCUUACGGAGUAGGGGAGGUUCGGGAAGCAAUCUCAAUACUGCUGAGCGGUCGUGUCAGGGACGGACGGGUCCUCCAGGUCAACUAGUACAACAGAGUCAGAUGACUAGCAAAAAUCCAAUGUUGAAUAAGAAAUCUCAAAACUUAGUAGUCUUUCCUAGUACUUCUCAGCGUGGUCAGCAAGAGCAGGAGAAAAAACAUCCCGAUCUUUUGUUCUUAGACCAACUUCAAGCGGAAAACCGUGAGUUGUGGACGAAAUUGUCAGAACAGAAGGAGCAAAUCAUCCAAUUGACGAAAUUGUUUUCGGCUUUUGUGCACGAGGAAGCAACAGAAUUAGCUGAACAAAGUCGGCUUUUGGAUGAAGUAGAGCAAGAAAACACGGAACAAGGGCAUCAAGGUGGAAACAUGAUUACUGGUUCUUACGUCAGGGAACAAGGAGGAAACACGACGUUGAGGCAAAAUUACACCAAGAUCAGCACUAACAAGGAAGUUGAGGAGGUGCUUACCCUAGGAGACCAACACGCUGACUCAUCUGCCGGAUGUGGUUCCGGAGGUGGAUUCUCAACAGCCUCUACACAGCAGUCUCAGCAUGAAAUUGUGGGAUCACGAAGUUGUUCCAAGCUGUCGAACAUCAACAAGGGAGCGUCUCAGCUUAAUCCCUUUCUGUCCGGAAGCGAGCGCUCGUUGUCGCCUGUUUCUCGGAGGAAGAUUUUUGAUCGGAGGUAAAACCUUUCGAUGCCUGCCUAGGAUCAACAUCUGAAGAAGGUUACUCAAACCCUUUUUAGCCUUAGAGGAGCAGGAGACUUGUCAACUACACACACUUAAAAAUCAGGAGCUAUUUUCCCUCCAACUUCAACUCCAUCUAGUAUCAAAUCAGGUUCCUCGUCCCCAACGAAGAAAUCGAUUUUUCCCAACUUCAACUCCACCUACUAUCAAAUCAGGUUCCUCGGCCCCAACGUCGAGAUUUCUUCAGCCUCCUGUGAUGGCGUUACCCGUGUCCGUGGUUGCCGAGGCUCUCUUGCAAUUUCCCCUAAAGCUCUUUUCUCUAGGGAAGGCGCAACCUCCGGCGAUGAUCAGGAGGUGUUGUACUAUUUUGAGGUCGAAAUUCUUCGAAUCACUCCCCUGGAAGGAGGUACUAAUAUUAACAUCAGCAGUAGUGGUCGUGCUGCUGGGAGUGGCAAGGGGAAUGCGAUUACAUCCCUAAGGAGGGGAAGUCAUAGUACAACCAGUUGUAGUGCUGUAAGUACAUCAUGGGUUGGCGGUUUGGGUCUAGGUUUCACCAAUUUUCUACCGGCCGUUGUACCAGAGAAAGCAUGGCUGUUAAGUGACGCGGCGAUCUAUCCUUCUACAGCUACAGAAACUGGAGGUUUGGAGGAUAAUGAAAGUAGUCAAACAACGACGUCAGCUUCCUCAAGUAAAUCGUCUUUGCUGAAUGCAGUCAAAGGCUCCUCGUUGAGGCUAGCGACUCAUGCGGAAACGACUAUCAGCCGUGACUUGCAGCGUCUACGUACGCUAGCUGGUGCUGCUCAAAAUUCAUCCGCACAUCAAGCAAGCACAUCACCAAAUACGUCCUCCUCAUCUUCAAACAACGGAGGCAAGAAAAUCGUGCUCCUCGGUGGUUAUUGGGGACGCGUUUUUGCUAAUGGGCAAGAACACGCAACCUGCUGGGGAACGGAUGAGCUCAAAGUAGGGGAUCGUGUUGGGGCAGGUUUGCGUUGUUCUAACAAGAAGACGGGAGUAGCUGUUCUCUCCUUCUUCGUGAACGGUCAACUGGUCUUAUCGAGUGAAGUUUAUGAUCAUGCAACCGCUUCCGCUAUGGAGACACCUCCUAAAGCCUGCAAAAACCUCUCCUUCCCGAAUGCGUCAGUCGCUGGCUACGGUGGAAUGGUAGGCACCAAGCUCGAGACGAUUCGUGAGGCCGCUUCGUCUCCAGAGGAGGAUGAGAGAAGCACUGCGAAGGUAAAACAAAACAAGGAGGAUAUUACGGAUGAUCAACAUCAACAAUCUGACGUCGAAGGAGGAGGAGGAGCUACAACGGGUACAGGAGUACCAUCUUCUGCAGGUACUACAAGUGCAAGAAGUAAUACAACUACAGCAUCAAGCGUCAAAAGUGGUCCGAUCACCCUCCUCAAUAACCCAGAGCAAACGCUGUACCCGGUCAUCGAUUGCUUCGGAUGCACGGAGUCAGUCCGCUGGGUGCCUGAUGCCAGUUUGCCUGCAUGCCUUGUUAACUCGGAUUUGAAAGCGUCGAAUCUCAACCUCCAAAUUGGUAGGACUGCUGGUAAAAGUAGUAGCAAGCACAUGUCGAUUGUUUUGGAACCUGAAGAGGGGGAACUGCUGUAAAAAGCAUAAAAUUGCUGCGGCAAGUGCAUGUUGAACAAUGAGGACCACUGAGGACUACCUAAAUGAAAUUCGAAAUAUCCUCCUUGAUUUGAGUCGAAGUAGUUCUUUUCAUCAUGAGUAAUGAACAUGAUUGAGUAUGAAAAAUAACUUCUUUUUGUAUCUGUAGCUGUACAUCUACAACAUUUGAGACUUGUUGAACACGAUCUAUCAAAAGGACAUGUUACUUUUAGUUAUAAAUACAGAAACUACAGGAAUUGGAAUAGAACAUACAAUUUUCAGUGAAAAUCACUAAGAUGAACACGAUUUUGAUGAUUAUCGAAUCGAAAAAAGCUCGAGGCGAUGAUGCCCGACCUUCCGAUAUGGUGGCAUCUCUAGGAAAGGCGUUCGAGGUUGUACUUGUAGUUUCCGUCCUCGGUUCUACUCGGUACGAGAGGACGCUUUUAAAGACUCGGUACCGCUUUCAUGAUCAUCGGUUCUGGCGUUAGUACAACCAGCAACGUGAUCUUCGGUUUCAUCUUCAUGAUUCUCUUUUCGGUACCUGAUGGUGAUGUCUACUCCUCCACCUUUCGGAUGACCACUCUUCCACGCGUAAUUCUUGUCCUUUUUUCCAUCUGGAGCACUUCUUCUUCUAGAUGAUAUUACUUAGACGAACAAGAAGAUGCCCCUGCUAUCA